GCUUGACGAAGGCGGUUUGUUAACCUGUUCGGUAGAGCACCCUCGCGCAAAAAAGAGGCCUCCGAAGCGCCUGCGAGCGAGCGCCCGCCGCCGGCGCCCCAAAGCAACCCCCCCUCCCUCCCCAGGCAGCCGAGAUCUCCCCUCGGACGCGACGACCGCGGGGUUGAAGAUAUGCUGAAAAUCAACAGGAGUUGUGUUGACACGAGAACAUGCUCAACUCAAAGGCAAGACACCCGCAAACGAGGACGAAAGACCAGAAACUUGCAUCUGAACGAGGCAUACAGUAGAUUGAAUGAUUUGAUUGAAGAUGGACUUAGUGAAGAAUCUGCUUCAAAGCUGACUUCAAGCAUUGUCUCGCUUGUCUCAUUUGAUGGUGAAAAGAUCUAUUCUCAAAGCACAGGAAUAGUUGUUGAAAAUGAUCAAUUCAGUGCAUCUUUCCUGACAUCUAAAGAUUUGAUUAGAAAAAAAUCAGCUUUUGUUCCUGGAUUACAGAUAAAAGUGUACCUACCAAAUAGGGAAGUAGUGAAUGGACUUGUGCAAUACUACAGUGCGAAGUGGCGUAUGGUUGUUGUAACCACUAAGCCCUCCCCUCAUCUUGUCACAGCAUGUCUUGGUAACAUAAUGCAAGCUGAGUCUUCUAGUGGCUUAUUUGCUAUAACUUGUUGCUAUAAGACGGGCAACUUAUUGGUCACAACUGGGACGCUGGCUAGCAGUCCAAGUGGACUUGAAGGAAUCAUGCAGUCCACGUGCCAAAUCUCUGUGGAUGGAAGCGGCGGACCUCUUGUUUCACCUGAUGGGAAUAUUGUUGGGAUGAACCUCUGUACGGAAGAGAGUACAACCCCAUUCAUACCAACAGAUCAAAUUUAUGAUUGUUUGCGCAAGCUUGCGAUACGCACACGGCACAUGUUGCUAGCUGCUACUAAUGUGUCGGCAUGCACCUCACAUUUUGCUCCACAUGCUGCCUUACAAGCUAAGACCUAUUUGGAGAAUUUCACACCAUUGAGCUCCAGUUCAGAAGGUAUCUCCAGUCUAGAUACCAUUAUAGGUAGCUCAAGUGAGGGAAGUGAAAAUAAGAACCAGGAUGCUAAUGUUGAGUGGUGUGACCUCAGUCAAGAACUUGCUUCAAAGUUGUCCCCAAGCAUUGUCUCCCUUGCUUCAUUUGAUGGUGGAGAGACGUUGCAUUCUGAAUGCACAGGCAUGGUUAUUGACAGCGAAUCGUGUUCUGCCUCUUUUCUUACUACUGGAAGUUUGUUUGGAUCAUUAGAUCCAGAACUCUGGAGCAAAGUGGUGAUCAAAGUGCGCCUUCCAAAUGACGAAGUGGUCCAUGGGUGGCUGGACUAUUAUAUGUCCAAAAACAAUAUCGCUGUUGUCACCACAGAUUCAUUGCUGGUGCCCUACUUUCAUCUUCGCGUAGCAUGUCUCGACAAUAACGUGCGAGUUGAGUCAGCUGCUGGCGUAUUAGCUGUAAGGCGGUACUUUGACUCAGGCAAAUUAGUGUACACCGGAGGGUCACUGACUGGUGGAAUUCAGAACAAAGAGCUUAAUUCAUCACUCACUGGUGGAAUUCAAAACAAAGAGCUUAAUUUUUCCACAUGCAAAAUCAAUGAGGUUGCCAGUGGAGGACCACUUGUUGAUCGUGAUGGGAAUAUUGUCGGCAUGAACUACUAUGGUGGGGAAACAACUCCAUUCCUACCAAGUAAUCUAAUUGUUGAACAGUUGGGGCCUGAAAUAUAUCGGGCUUCAAGUAAACAGGAUCAUUGCUGUACAAAUGAGAUACAAGAAUCUUCCACACCUUGUAGCAAUGACCCAAAAGAACUCACUGACAAUGAACUUGAAUGCAUACUUGCUCCCUGGAUUGCCUCUCCUGGGAAAUUUGAUGAAUUUGAAGUUAGAGCAAAUGAGAUGUUAAGGACUGCUGGUUAUCCCUUGCCAAAGUUUGCUGAUGAUGGCAUGUACUUGAAAGGGACUUUCGACGAUGAAUUUGGCAGAGAGAAUUGGAGUGAACGCACUAGGAGAGUUGCUUCAAAGAUGUCUCGAAGUGUUGUGGCACUUGCUUCAUUCAUUGUAGAAUCUGAUUCUGCUGAGGAACUCAGUAAGGAGAAAAGAAGAAAACAUUUUGCUUGCUCAGGUGUAUUUAUAGAAUGCGAUGGAUCCACUACGAGUGUACUGACUUCAGCAAGUUUGGUUAGAACUUCUGGUGAAGAAAGCAACAUUCAUCCUAAAUUGGAGAUUGAAGUGUGUCUUCCAAGUAAACGUCGUGUGGUUGGGACACUGCAACAUUGUGAUUUACACUACAAUGUGGCUGUUGUAAGCAUCAUGGGUGUCUGCAGUCAUCGCGCAGCAAAACUUGAUGAAGUGUCUCAAACUGAGGUAGUAGCUCUGGGACGUGGUUUUAUGUCAGGCAUGUUAAUGGCCACAAAUGGGGCUGUGACUGGCAAAUGUAGUAAAUUUGAUUGCAAGGAGCUUUGGGUGUCCACUUGUAAAAUCAGCAAGGCUGGGAUUGGAGGGCCCCUUGUUGAUUUUGAUGGGAAUUUUGUUGGCAUGAACUUUUAUGACAUGGAAAAAACUCCUUACAUAACAAGGGAUAUAAUCCUGAGACUCAUGAAGCGUUUUGAUGCAGAACGGACUAUAGAUGAUGCUGAUGUUGUCCGGACUGCAGACAAGUCUAAAAUUCUGAGUUGGCCUGUGCCUGAGGCGUACUGGGUUUAUCCGUCUCGUUACCCCCCCGAGCCUCCUUGCUUGGCAGGAGAAGUGGACGAGUAAAAAUGCUGUGCUUGUACAGUAAUUUAUUUGAACAAAGUGAAAGUGCCCUGCAUAUUUUAUUUGAACAUGUUUUAACGAUAAGUAUGGUGGUAGCAUGGCUAUCCCUUUACUUUUGCUAGAAACAUUGGUAUGUUGUUGAUGGUGGAUAAUUAUUUGCUUUUUUGUCGAUUGCGCAACAGUAAUUUGUCUACCCAGCUUAUGCUAUUUUCUCGAGAGAAACCUUUACUGAAAUCUA